CGUUUCCAAAGGAGGUGGUUCUUGCAGUCGAUCACAUUGAGAAAGACACCCUGGAAUUUACACAUCCCUUUGAGCAGAGCUAUUUUUCACCCGCGACACAAUGCAAGGAGAGACCAACAGAGUGAUAAGGUUGUGUCUGCGUCACAUGGCUCUGCCCAGAAGAUGUCCACAUCCCGGCUCUUCCCUCCAAACAACACAAUCCUUCAGCUCACUCAGGGAAGGCAAGCGCAGAGGGAUGUUGUGGAAGACACUUGUUGGCGUCUCUGUCGGUGUGCCUGUGGCAGUGGGUGUCCGUUAUGCAGCGUCCGAUCAAAGAGCCAGAAGGAAGACGCAGAUUGUGAUCGAAGGAUUUGGCCGCUUCUUCAGAUCUCUCUCUGUGGGAGUCUUCAUCUCUGUGGAUUACUGGUGGACUGCCAACGUGGCUCUUCGUGGUCUAGAUGAGAACAGCCCAUCCUACCAUACUGAGAUGUCAGCGUGCCACCAGAGGGCAGCAGAAUGCAUGGUGGAAGGAGCCGUGAAGAAUGGAGGAAUAUACAUCAAACUGGGCCAAGGUCUGUGUUCCUUCAAUCACCUCUUACCCCCCGAAUACAUCCGUACCUUGCAAAUACUUGAAGACAAAGCCUUGAACAGGAAGUACAAAGAGGUGGAUGCUCUCUUCCAAGAAGACUUCGACAAAACCCCGGAGCAGCUUUUUAAAACAUUCGACUAUGAUCCCAUCGCUGCGGCCAGCCUGGCCCAGGUUCACAAGGCAGAACUGUUUGACGGGACUCCUGUUGCUGUGAAGGUGCAGUACAUUGAUCUCAGGGAUCGCUUUGAUGGUGACAUCAGAACAUUGGAAAUUCUGCUGGACAUUGUGAAGUUCAUGCACCCCAGCUUUGGAUUCCGAUGGGUUCUUAAGGAUCUAAAAGGAACAUUGGCACAAGAGCUGGACUUUGAAAAUGAGGCCAGGAAUUCUGAGAGGUGUGCAGAGGAGCUGGGACACUUUAGUUUUGUUGUUGUGCCCAAAGUUUUCUGGGAGCAAACUAGUAAGAGAGUCUUGACAGCGGAGUUUUGCCAUGGCUGCAAAAUCAACAAUGUGGAAGAAAUUAAAAGACAAGGAUUAAGUUUGAAAGAUACUGCAGAUAAACUGAUCCGAACUUUUGCUGAGCAAAUAUUCUACACGGGUUUCAUCCAUGCUGACCCUCAUCCUGGGAACGUUCUAGUGAGACCAGGUCCUGAUAAGAAGGCAGAGUUGGUGCUCCUGGACCACGGCUUGUACGAGUUCCUCAGUCAACGUGACAGAGUUGCCCUUUGUAAACUGUGGAGGUCCAUAGUCCUGAGAGACGAGGCAGCAAUGCAGAAGUACUCCAAUGCACUUGGGGUCAAAGAAUACUUCCUCUUCUGCGAGAUGCUGUUGCAGCGGCCCAUCAACAUGCGCGAGCUGGGUCUGUCCAACAUCCUCAGUCGAGAGGAGACCACCUACAUGCGCGACAUGGCCAUGCAGCGCUUCGAAAGCAUCAUGCAGGUGCUCAAGUCGAUGCCUCGGCCCAUGCUGCUCGUCUUCAGGAACAUUAACACCGUCCGGAGCAUCAACAUCACUCUUGGAGCACCAGUGGAUCGCUACUUUGUCAUGGCUAAGAGUGCGGUCAGAGGUUGGGGGAAGAUUCAGGCAGAGAGGAGCAGGAUGAUAACUGGACUCUGGAUCUUCAGCUGGGUCAGGUUAACAUGGGAGAGCCUCAAGUUUGAACUGGCCUUAAGAUGGGAAAUGGCAGCCAUGAGUCUGACCCGUUGGUUCCUGAGCAUGCUGUCAUACUUCGGCCUAGCAUCUGUGGAUGCAGAAAUGUACGAGUACCUGAGGUAGUUCAAGCUGCUCCCACAAGGAAGAGCGAAUAAGGAGCUAUUCCAAGCACGUUAAUGCAAUCCAACAGCUUUUCACUUCAGCAGCAGCUCCAAAAACUGCAGCUGCUGCUGCUCGAGUGCUCGACACCAAAUCAUCCUGGACUCUGGUGGCAGACAUGAAGUCUCCAUCAUCAGUGAGAUAUUUUAACCUGCAGGACUUUUAAAGCACCAAACCCACUUCAGAGUACUCUCUGAACAUCAUGUUGUCAGAUUUUAUUUAAAUUAAUUUUAUAUCUGGACAUUUAAAUUGUUAAAGUUGUUUUAAACUGUUGUGAAAAUGCUCUUAUAUUCGACUGAUUUUAAGCUAAGUUGGUUUUCUAGAAUCAAUGGAAGACAACGUUUUGUAGCAGAUGCUCAUGUCAUCA